AUGAAGAAAAGGGGCAAAGUCAAGAAGAUGGACCAAGCCGCGGACAACCAGGUCGGACUGGACCAGGCCGCGGAAUCGUUCCCGAGAGAUCAGCCGAGACGGACAAUCCCGCGGACGGAAUCCGCGGACAACACCAGUCCGCGGAAUCGGACCCCAGAGCUCGGGGUUGGUGUGGUCGGCUGCAGACGUGUACUGCAAACGAAGGUAGUCCGUGGAUUCUCGCCCGAGAGGUCGAGUUUUGAUGACACAGACCGUGGACCAAGGCCGCGGGUUGGAGCCGUCUGCGGUCGAUGCCAAGACCAGCUCAUCCAUUUGUCUUUCGGGUCAAACCCGGAUGUUUCUCUUACAUUUGAUGGAGGUGAUGUAGGAACUGCAACCGCUACUUCGUCAGCUGAUACAAGUGGCUCUGCUACAAUGGUGAUGCACUCAGACAACUUUCACCCGAAGAUCACUCGGUCUAAAAACAAUACUUCAAAACCAGUGCAGAGGUUCUCUUUUCCAGCUACAGCAUUUGCUCACUCUGAGAUCGAACCAGCAACACAGGCUCUCCGUAACAAACUAUGGCGUGCACCCAUGAGUGAGGAUUUUGACUCUCAGGUCCGACAUCAUACAUGGGACUUAGUGCCUCCUAAUCCCUCGUACAACCUGAUUGGCAAUCGAUGGAUCUAUAGAAUCAAGCGUGAUCCUCAAGGGAACGUGAAACAACGCAAAUCUCGACUUGUAGGCAAAGGAUAUCAUCAAAGACCGGGUAUUGACUUUCAUGCUACCUUCAGUCCGGUAAUCAAACCUCCUACAAUUCGACUGGUUCUCAGCUUGGCAGUUUCGUAUGGUUGGGAUCUACGUCAACUUGAUGUGAGCAAUGCCUUUUUACAAGUGAUGUUUGUUCUUGUAUACGUUGACGACAUCGUCAUCACUGGCAACAACUCACACCAAACCCAACAGUUCAUUGAUCUCUUUAGCAAGCGCUUCUUACUUAAAGACUUGGGAGAGCUCAGUUAUUUUCUGGGAAUUGAGGUCACACGUACUCCCUCUGGCUUGCUACUCAUUCAACGCAAGUACAUCAAUGACUUGCUUGUUCGUGUCAACAUGACAAACACGAAACCAGUCGCGACUCCUAUGCAAAAAGAUCUCCGCCUGAAACUCACCUCUGGUUCACCUCUAGAUGAUGCUUCAAAGUAUUACACUGUAGUCGGCAGUUUGCAGUAUCUUCACUUUACGAGGCCAAACAUUGCGUUCGCUAUCAUCAAACUGUCUCAAUUCAUACAUGCCCCCACAGACAUUCAUUGGUUAGCUGCAAAACACGUUCUAAGAUAUCUCGCAGGCACUCGAGAUCAUGCUACCGAUCUGGUCUGGAUCAAGUCUCUUCUUCAAGAACUUGGUGUUAAACUUACUUCACAACCUGUCAUCUGCUGUGAUAAUGUUGGGGCUACUUAUCUGUGUGCCAACCAUGUCUUUGAUUCUCGGAUGAAACUUGUAGCUCUGGACUAUCAAUUCAUACGUCAACUGGUCCAAGCAGAUUCUCUUCUUGUUGGUGAUGGGGAGGAGGGGAUAGAGAAGAAUCGGAUGAGCUGA